AUGAAUCCUGUUAACAAAGCUAUGGAUCUGGAGAUUGUUUUGGAAUCUGGUGAUGAGGAAUGUCCUCAAUGGACACGAUUCAUGGCUGUUGGGAAGAUUCAUGCUAAUAAGACUCUUAAUCAAAAAGGAGUGAUGGCGAUUCUUCGUAGCAUAUGGUCCGAGGAGAUUGCUCCGGGUAUUCGCGAAAUUCAUGAUUUGCCUCUGGAAAUGUUGUCGAACAAGAAUGCGAAAAUUAUUGGACAGACAAUUGGUUCUGUUAUAAAUAUUGAUGAGCCAACAGGGCUAAAGGGGUUUGGUCAGAGUUUUCUACGAAUUAGAGUGGGAAUAAAAGUAGAUGACCCUCUUAUUUGUGGUUUCUGGGUACCGAGGAGGAAUAGAGGAAAACUGUGGGCUAAGAUCAGAUAUGAGAGGCUGGCGGACUUUUGCUACUCAUGUGGGAAGCUUGGGCAUUUGGCCAAGCACUGUGAUGAAGAAGUAAAAAACGAUAUGGAUGGCAGGCCCCUGUAUGGUCCUCAUUUAAGGGCUAGCUCUUUUAGAAUGGACUAUGGUAAGAGGGAUAAUAGCAUGGAUAGUAGUAAGAGUCGAGUUGCGGAUGAUCUAUCCUUAAGUAUAAAUGAAAAUGUGAAGAACUUAAGAGAAGUAUCUUGUGAUAAUUGGAGUAAAAAUGAAAACCAGAGGGCUUGGAGGAGGAAUGUUAUUGGAGAUAUGGAGGUUGAGUCUGAGGUGAGUAUGAACAAAGGAAAGCAAUUGUUGAUUACGGAUGGACUUGAGAAUCAGAAUACUGGUCCUAUUGAUGAGACUACGCCUCCUUCUCAUCCUUCUUUGCCUAAACCUUUACCUGCUGAUCUUCAUAUUUCUAUACCAGUUGUCUCACUAAAUCCUGAUCCCACUCAUGCUCUUGGUGUUGAUCCACUUAAUACUACCUUUAAUUUUCCUCCCUUGCCUAUUGUCUCUAAAAAUCCCACCCUUAUUGAUAAACCUAAUUCUCAAAUACUUGGUACUUCUGGAGCUUUGACAUCUGAUUCUACACCUCUUAUGAACAAUCCUAUGCCACAUGUACUUGUUCCUAAUGAUCAGGACCCUGUUAUUCCUUCUCUUUCUCAUUCCAACAGCAUUGAUGGUACUCCAGGACCUAUGCUCUCGUUAGGUUCUUAUAAUACCUCUCUUUAUCCUGUCUUACCUGGCCCUUAUGACCCUUCUAAAUAUCCUGAGACACGUAGAGAGGAUGCCUAUGAAUGGGAUACUAAUAGCAAGGAGGCGGGCAUUGAGCAUGAGCUUGAUGAAGUUUCUUCUCCCUUUAAGGGAAUUGAUAAUGUGGCUUAUAUUAUUGAAAGAGGUGGUGGUGCAAUUGUUAAUUGCCACAAGGAGUUAGAGUUUGAUGAGGAGUUUGUGGAGCAAGAUAUGAGAAUGGCUGAGUAUAAUCUAGCUGCUGAUUUGAACUGUCUGCAACUUAAGAGGAAUGCUGAAAAUGAUGCUAAACUGCACCCUGUGGAGAUAAGACAGGUUACUACAUUUACAAUCGGGAGUGAGACAAUCUGGAAGAGAAGAGCUGGUAGGAAGAAAUAUAAGAAAACUAAGAAUGGUAGGGAGAAUUGGAGCAAAGAGGAGGGAUGUUCUGAUGUCCUGAUUAUUGAUGGUUGCUCGGCUGGAAGAUUUUUAGGGUGGAAUGAUGAACCAGGAAUUGGGUCCUCUCAGGCAGUAAAUGUGCUUCAUGACUUGAAAAAGAAAUCUGACCCUGAUUUUAUUUUUCUGAUGGAAACUAAAAAUAAAAAAGAUACUAUGGAGAAAAUAAGGAGAAAUAUUAAGAUGGAUAAUGCUUUGUAUGUUGACCCUGUUGGUCUUAGUGGGGGUAUUGCUCUUUGGUGGAAGAACAAUUUUGUUGUUAAUAGUUUCGAGGAGCAUAAGAAUCUUGUUGAUACUCUUAUUGUUGAUGUAAAUUCUGGGGUGAGCUUUAGAAUUUUUUGGAUCUAUGGUGCCCCUGUUUUUGAAGAUAGAAAACUUAUUUGGGAGAAAGUUAAACUUAAGGCUGUAAAUAUUGAAGAGGUUUGGUGCUGUAUAGGCGACUUUAAUGACAUUUUGGAUGAUAGUGAGAAGGAGGGUGGUGGUCUGAAAGACAGAAGAUAUAUUAGAUGUUUUCAGGAGAUGGUGGAGCAAUGCCAACUUAUUGAUAUUCAGUUUCAGGGACAAAAGUUUACUUGGAUGGGUAAGAGAGAGGGUAUCAUGGUUAAAGAAAGAUUGGAUAGGGCCCUGGUCAAUUCUCAAUGGUUGGCUAAUUUUCCUAAGUCACAAUUGGUGGUGCAUGCUGCAAUUCGCUCUGACCACUCUCCUAUUGUUCUUUAUUCCUGUUUUGGAGAUACUAAGGGUCCUAAGAAAUUUAAGUUUGAAGCUCAAUGGGUUGACAUGGAGGCUAUUAGACAGGAGUUGUGUGUUUCUGAUGAAGAUGUGAAGUGGAUCAGUGGCUGUAAAGAGCAGAGAAGGCAAUUCAACAAGAUCUUGAGAAUUAAAAAUGAAGAUGGGGUUUGGUUGGAGAAAGAGGAAGGUAUUAUGGAAGGUUUUUGUAAGUUCUAUGAGAAUCUUUUUACUAGUGAAGGAAACAGAAAUUGGGACCAUGUUCUGAAAGCUAUCCCUUGUCUUGUAUCUGAAGAAGAUAAUACAGAGCUCAUUAAGGAUGUUACUGAUGAGGAAAUUGUUCAAGCAGUUUUUCAGAUGGGUAUGCUCAAAUCUCCUGGUCCAGAUGGCUUUAAUGGGCUGUUUUAUCAACAUUAUUGGGAUGUGAUUGGUGAGGAUGUUAAAAAGAUGGUUAGGAGUUUUUUUCAUAAAGGUAGGAUGUUAAGGGAGAUGAAUGCUACUGAGAUUGUUCUUAUUCCAAAAGUGAAGGGGCCUGAAAGAAGCUUUUCAUUUUUUGAAGGUGAAGCCUAUGACCGUGUUGAAUGGGAUUUCUUGCAUGCUCUUUUACUAAAACUAGGCUACAAUAGUAUUUGGACUGAUUGGAUUUUAGAAUGUGUGAGAUGUGUCUCGUAUACUAUAGUCAUUAAUGGUAAAUCAAGUAGGAUGAUUCUUCCUUCUAGGGGUCUUAGACAAGGGGAUCCUCUAUCCCCUUAUUUGUUCCUCUUAGUGAUUGAUGCCCUUUCUAGGUUGAUCCAAGUAGGAAUGGAUACUGGUUACAUUGAAGGUCUGAAAUUAGCGAUAAAUUGCCCUGAAAUUUCUCACCUCCUGUUUGCUGAUGACUCCUUGUUUUUUAUGAAUGCUAAUAUUGAAAAUUGCAAGAGCUGUAACAUGGGUGAGGCUGAAAAGAAGGCAAUUGUUGACACCCUUGGGAUACAAGAAGCUGCCAACCCUGGUACUUAUCUUGGGAUUCAGAACUGCUGGGGCAAGACUAAGUAUGGUGUUAUGGCUUAUGUUAAAGAGAGGAUGAUUGCAAAGCUGAAGGGAUGGAAGGAAAAAUUUCUGCCGAUGGGAGGUAAGGAGAUAUUAAUAAAGGCUGUUGCGUGUACUAUGCCUACAUAUGUAAUGUCAGUGUUUAAAAUUCCUAAGAGAGUGUGCAAAGAAAUGCAAUCUGCUGUGGCUAACUACUGGUGGGGGCAGAAAGAAGAUGAGAGGAAGAUACACUGGUGUAAUUGGCAGAAACUCACUGAAUUCAAGCAAGAUGGGGGUAUGGGAUUCAAGGAGUUUGAGGCUUUCAACAGGGCAAUGUUAGCAAAACAAGCGUGGAGGUUAAUUGAGAAUCCUAAUGCACUAUGGGCAAGGGUGUUAAAAGGAGUAUAUUUUCAUAACUGUGAUUUUCUUGAAGCUGGUAAAGGGGCUAGGCCUUCCUGGGUAUGGAGCAGUCUGCUAGAGGGGCGUGACCUUUUUAAAGAGCACAUGAUGUGGGUUCCUAUGGAUGGUAAACAGAUUAGUAUUUGGCAGGAUCGAUGGAUUCCUAAUCUUGCUGGAAGAGUGUUGAGUAAUCCUGGACUCAUUAAUGACAAUAUUCCACAGAAAGUGGAGGAGAUUAUGAAUAAAGACCUGGGUAUAUGGGAGCUUGAUCAAAUUCAGCACUGGUUAACAGAAGAAGAACAGUCUGCCAUUAAGGACAUUCCAGUGCAUGAGGGUGAGGAACCAGAUAUUCUUAUUUGGCCCAAGGAUAAAUCUGGGAAAUUUACUGUGAAGAGUGGGUAUGUGACAUGUAAGAAUGUUGUGGCUGUUGGAAAUAUCAACAGAGCAUCAUCCUCUCAUUUGGUUGAUAAAAGAGUUUGGAAGGAAAUUUGGAAAAUUAAAGCCCCCUCUAAAGUUAAAGUGUUUAUGUGGAGAAUGUGUAUGGGUGCUUUAGCUACCAAUGAAAAUCUCUGGAAAAGGAAAUGCAAACAAGAUCCUCUGUGUGAAUUAUGUGGCCAAGAGGUUGAGACAAUUGAGCAUAUGAUCUUGACUUGUGAAUGGACAAGGAAGGUUUGGUGGGAGGGAUGCUUUGGGUUAAAGAUUUGUAAAGAUAGAAUUAGAACAAUGGACCAAUGGAUUCUGGAAGUGUUUCUUGAGGUGAACAAUUCUCAUGGGGAUGUUGAUAUUAUUAAAUCUACUAUUGCUUAUACAUGUUGGAUAAUUUGGAAUCUGAGAUGCCAAGCCAUUAUUGAACAUAAAAGCCUGGAGUCUGUUAAAGCUAUUCAGUGGAUAUCUUCAGCUGUGAAGGAGUACUAUAUGGUUUGUACAGGCAAGAAGAAGUCUGACAGGGAUGUGGCCUCUGAAGUCUUCUGGGAAAAACCUCAGGAUGGUUGGUGUAAAAUCAACUGUGAUGGGGCAUAUUGUCAUCAGUCUAAGCAAGCUGGAAUUGGUGUGGUAGUUCGUGAUGCUGAGGGACAUUUGUUGCAUGGUUUGGGCAAGCAAGUGAAAGGGGAUUCUGCUCUUAUGAUUGAAGCAAUUGCUGUCAAGACAGGCUUGAAGCUGGCGAAAGAGAUGCGUCUUUCCAAUAUUAUUGUUGAAAUGGACUCUGAGGUUUUAUAUAAGAAUAUUGUUGACAGGGGCAAGAACAGAGACUGGAGGAUUGGUCCUAUCUUAGCAGAUAUUGAUCAUCUUUCAACAUGUAUUGAUUCUAUCAAAUUUAAUUUUGUGAAGCGAAACGCCAACUUGGCGGCGGACUGGAUUGCUACCAGAUCUAGAACAGAGAUGAGCUUUGCCGACUUAAGCCGGUAUCAACCUUCCUCUCUUGUGCAAAUUCUGAACAAAGAUGGACUACCAGCUCCCCAUUGUUAA